UGUGGGGCCGGGGUGACGAGAGCAGGAAGCCGGGAGAGGAAGGGGGUCUGAGGUUCGGCAGCGGCGAGGGAUCGGGGUCGGGGGUGCGCGGGCUGGUUCCCCUCCCCGGGCGCCGCUCCGCCCCCAGAGUCCGAUGGCGGCGGCCGCGCGGAGGGACCUGGCUCAGGGCCAUGUGACCUUUGAGGACGUGGCUGUCUACUUCUCUUGGGAGGAGUGGGGGCUCCUUGAUGAAGCCCAGAGACUCCUGUACCGUGAUGUGAUGCUGGAGAACUUUUCACUGAUGGCCUCUCUGGGACUUGCAUCUUCCAUGACUCACGAAAUCACCCAGCUGGAGUGGUGGAGAGAACCCUUUUUGCCUCCCUGUGGAGUCAUGACUGCAGCCAUGCCAAGAGAUGGCCGACAGCCGAGGUUGAGGAGGCACCUCAUGAGCAGAGUGUUUAUAUAG